CAAUUAUGAUGGACGCACCAAAUCUCCAUAACCCAAUAUUUGAGCAGUUGAAAAUUUCGUUCAACCUUUACACCAAACCCCCCUCUCUUUCUUUCUCUCUCUCUGUCUCUGCCUGAUUCCUUUCAAUAAAACUCAGCUGCCCCAAGUCCUCCCUCCCUGCAAGCCUCCGUUCACCGGCACCAAUGGCGGCGGCGAGCAGCUUCGUGAUUUCCAUCUCAUCUGCCAACCGUGAUGUUAAUUCGGAUACUAGAUUGAAAAUUGAUCAUUGCGGCAAUGCCCAGCGUCUUCGUAAUCUGUCGAGCUCUUCCAUGCUUUGUUUUCCUCCGCGGAUGCGAGGUCUUUUCAAUGAUUUGAGGUACAAGAUUCCCGUGCCUGAAACGCUGUCGUUUAGAUUGUGUCCGAGAUGCGAGCUUGCUUCCGACUCGGAGAUCCCCUCUAAAUCGAGUCUUUCGGCUUUGGAGCUUCUGAAGACUUCCGCUGCUGAUCGUUAUACGAAAGAAACCAGCAGUCUUUUGGUUGUUGGUUUUAACUACCGUACAGCACCCAUUGAGAUACGUGAGAAACUUUCUGUACCAGAAGCACAAUGGCCUCAAGCAAUUGGUGAACUAUGUGCUCUAAAUCAUAUAGAGGAAGCUGCUGUUCUUAGCACAUGCAACAGGCUGGAGAUAUAUGUGGUGGCUAUGUCCCAGCAUCGUGGAAUAAAAGAAGUGACUGAAUGGAUGUCUAAGAUAAGUUCAGUGCCAGUUUCAGAGCUGUGUCAGCACAGAGUUUUACUUUUUAAUAAAGAUGCCACACAACAUCUUUUUGAAGUAUCUUCAGGACUCGAUUCCCUUGUUUUAGGUGAAGGUCAAAUUCUUUCACAGGUGAAACAGGUUGUUAAAACAGGACAAGGUGUCCCUGGAUUUGAACGUAAAAUAAGUGGGCUAUUUAAGCAUGCAAUCACUGUGGGAAAACGUGUUAGAACAGAAACCAGUAUCUCUACUGGGUCGGUAUCAGUUAGUUCAGCUGCUGUGGAGCUUGCAAUGAUGAAACUUCCAGAGUCUGCGCAUGAUUCAGCGAAAAUGUUGGUCGUUGGAGCUGGAAAGAUGGGAAAGCUCGUGAUAAGACACCUAGCUGCAAAGGGAUGCAGAAGGAUAGUCGUUGUUAACAGAACAGAGGACAGACUAAAUUCCAUACGAGAGGAGCUCAAGGAUAUUGAAAUUGAAUAUAGGCCUUUCUCACAAUUAUGGACAUGUGCUGGUGAAGCAGAUGUCAUUUUCACAUGUACGGCUUUGAAAUCUCUUCUGUUCUCAAAAGAUCAAGUUCAAACACUUCCCCCCGUGGGUCCAGAAGUUGGAGGCCAGAGGUUAUUUGUCGACAUUGCUGUUCCUAGAAACGUGGGAUCAUGUGUAUCAGAUAUUGAGAGCAUUCAAGUUUACAACGUGGAUGACUUGGAGGAAGUAGUGGCUGCCAACAAGGAAGACAGAUUGAUGAAAGCAAUGGAAGCUCAGGCAAUCAUUGAAGAAGAAGUGAAACAAUUCGAAGCAUGGAAGGACUCCCUCGAGACUGUCCCAACCAUCAAGAAGCUUAGGGCAUAUGCAGAACGAAUUAGAGCCGCUGAGUUGGAAAAGUGUUUGUCGAAGAUGCGUGAUGAUCUACCAAAGAGUGAAAAGAAAGCUAUAUAUGACCUGAGUGUAGGAAUUGUGAACAAGCUCCUUCAUGGUCCCAUGCAACACUUGCGAUGUGAUGGCACGGAUAACCGCGGGCUGAAUGAAAUCCUGGAAAACAUGCAGGCGCUUAACAGAAUAUUCAGUCUGGACACAGAGAUCUCCGUCCUGGAGCAGAAAGUACGGGCAAAAGUGAAACAACAGAACAAACAAGUAGCUCCUUGAGAUCUCUGUAUGCAACAAUUUGUUCAUUCAUUUGAUUUUGGGGAGGGGAACUUCUCUCCAUCGGCAUUGAGUUAUCAUUAUUUGGAGGCGUUGUAACUAUGUAUAGGCGGGGACGACUUAAAAGCUGGUUUUAUAUUGCAGUAACAAGGAUACAAGAGCAAGCCAUGGACAUCUGGCCUAGCAUUAUGAAUAAGCAUGAGAGAGGUUAAUCUUUCUUAUUGAGUUGGAGUUGUUUUGUGUUGAUUGUAUACACACGAUAACAGUUUUUCUCACUAAUUUGGUUUAAUGUGAUACUUGUUUUAGCAUAUUUGUACUGGCAAUGUAAACACAUUCGAUUUUUCACAUAGCAUCUUGUUGUAAGCUAUAGAUAUACAGAGGCAUCACAAUUUGUUGCA